CUUGUCAACUAAUCUUCUUCACUCUUCACUUCAUAAAAUCAACUUCAUCGUACACAAUUAGAAAAAACAAAUUAGACAUGCCUCCACACCAUGCUGACAUUAAUCCCGAAGAAAAAAGCCCCAAAAAGCCUUGUGGAGUUCAGACCCAUCAGCCUGUGUAAGGUACUUUACAAGAUUCUCUCUAAAGUACUAGCAAACAGACUCAAAGGGGUACUUGAUGACAUCAUUGUAGAAAAUCAAAGUGCUUUUGUCCCUGUGAGGCUAAUUACAGACAAUGUGAUCAUUGGUUUUGAGUCUUUCCAUAGAAUGUCACAGAAGAGACAAGGAAAGGCUGGAUACUUGGCUGCUAAAUUGGACAUUACAAAAGCUUACGAUAGGGUGUAGUGGGAUUUUCUGGAAGCAAUCAUGGAGAAAUUGGGUUUUGCAAGGAGGUGGAUUGACCUGAUCAUGAGCUGUGUUUCAACAGUCUCAUUCUCAAUUCUGGUCAAUGGACAUCCCUCAGAAACUUUCUACCCUACUCGAGGGCUGAGGCAAGGGGAUCCUAUAUCCCCACACUUGUUUCUACUAGUGGUCGAGGGACUUUCAGGCCUAAUCACAAAAGCAGAAAGGGACAAACAGAUAAGUGGGAUCAAAGUGAAAAGAGGUGCUCCAGUGAUUUCACUCCUCCUUUUUGAUGACGACAGUAUUCUAUUCACAAAGGCUACCAAGCUAGAGUGCGAAAAAUUGAAGCAAAUCCUAAGCCUCUAUGAGGCAGAAUCAGGACAGCAGGUUAACCUAGUGAAGUCAGAACUAUCGUUCAGUCCAAAACAUAAAGGAGGACAUGAGGAAUCAACUAGCAUCCAUUCUGGGAAUGAAGGUAGUGGACUCCCAUGAGAAAUACUUAGGCCUUCCCACUAGAAUUGGACGAGAGAAGAAAGCUGUCUUUAGUUACUUGGUGGACAGGGUUCAACAGAAGGUCAAACAUUGGAAGAGUAAGUUGCUCUCAGUGAGAGGCAAGGAGAUUCUUAUCAAAAUAUGUGGUCCAGACACAAAUGACUUAUGUCAUGUCAUUAUUUCAGGUCCCCAUUGGGACUCUGAAGGAGAUACAGAGUAUUAUAGCAAACUUCUGGUGGGGGCAACAAGAGAAUGAGGGGAGAACCCAUUGGUUGAGGUGGGAUGAGCUCUGUAAACCUAAAAAGUUUGGUGGAGUGGGAUUCAAGGAUACUGCUGGGUUCAAUCACGCUCUAUUGGGUAAGCAAAUUUGGAGGAUUAUAUCCAGGCUGGUCACGAGAGUCUUAAAAGCCAAGUAUUUCCCAAACAGGGAUAUAAUGGAAUCAGAUUUGGGGCGUAACUCAAGCUUCUUGUGGAAAAGCUUGCUGAGUUCGAGGAAUCUAGUUGCUAAAGGAUAUAGAUGGAGGCUAGGGAAUGGAAGCAACAUUGAUAUAUGGAAGGACAGAUGGGUACCAACAGCUAAAGGUUUUAAAAUCCAGACCACAGAAGGUUAAGGUGUUUGCGUGGAAAUGGGUUCGAAAUAUCCUUCCUACAGGAGCUAAGAUUAUGUCCAGGACUCAAAAAGGAAGUGAAGAGUGCUGUGGUUUACCUGGGAUCAAAGAAAUUGUCAGAUCUGGAAUAAACCGAAAAUGGAAGAAUGAGAAAUAAUUGGGCGGGCAGAAAGAUGGUUAGAUGAAUACCUGGAAGCUCAACAGCGAAGAGAGAUCCACGCCGGCGGAAAACGGGAGAGAUGGAGUCCAUCGAAUGUUGAGGAGCUCACCAUCAAUGUUGAUGCGGCAUGCUUUUCAGAUCUUGGGAUGGGCUUGGGGGUGAUCGUUCGCACCAGAGCUGGGGAUCUCCGACUAGCUGGUGUUAAACGGUCGCUCCGGCAAUGGGACUCGGAGAUGGCAGAAGCGAUGGCGGUUGAUUUUGCAGUGGAGGUGGCGAGACGCUUCCAUUUCUCCGAUGUUGAGAUUCAAUUGGAUUUCCACACUGUGAAGCGGAUACUCAAGGGGGAGAGCAGUACACAUUUGGAUUUGGGCCGGGUCUGCAACGAAAUCAAAGAAAAAGCGGCUGGGCUGGGCCAUAUUCGUUGGGAGCAUGUGGAGCGAAAAUGGAAUGAGUCGGCCCACUUUUUGGCCCACUGGGAUUGUUGUUGGGAGAGGGAGAUGAUUUGGGUUGAUAGUCCACCAGAUUCUCUUGUUACUCUCAUACUCAAGGAUAAUUAUGUACCAAAUCCCAAUUAAUUAAUAACAGCAGGUCGUUUACUUCAAAAAAAAUAUAUACCAAAAAAAUUAAUUAUAUGGGUGUGGGCGGGUACCUAUGGGGCGGGUUUGUCUAAACUCAAACCCAACCCAACCCGGUGAUGGUGUAGCGAGUUAAAACUUAAACCCGGCCCAAAACCCGUCAAUACGGAUUUUACCCGCAUUGACAGGGUUGGGUACCUGUGGGUUCGGGUUUUGUUGCCAACCCUAUUCACCGCCUUCGAAGCUCCAAGCUAGAUACAAGGUUUCGAUGCUUUUGGUUGAGUUCGGCCGGGUUUGGAACUGCGUUUUCACAACCUGCCGGCUGCCGUUGAUUUUAAGAGGAACAAAAAAGCUCAAAAUAAAGAAUAAAAAUGGAAAAUGGAA